AUUCUUGUAUGUGUCUUUCCACACCCUUUCCGACACGAUCCAUCUUAUAGGUUUCACAUGCGCAUGCUCCUCUUUUGUAUAUGCUAAUUGUUGAUUUUCAGCUGCCAAUCAGAUGAGGCGUUUUUGACACUGUACACGGGUAGCGCUUGUGGGGCGGAGCCAAGCGCCGGGCGGAGAAUAAAACCACCGCAGCCCGCGAGCAGACCUCACUGUGAGGAGAAUCAUGGACGGAAACUAAACAGAAAGUUACCAUGAUAAAAGUUAGGCAUUUCUUUCAAAUUGCAGAAACAACACCCGUUUCCCUUGUAAAACAACAACCAGUUCCCACGGGGUCUGAGAUUUGCUCAAGUUUACAAGGCAUCGCUCUUUAAACACUUAGUAGUUACACUCUGACAGAAAGAAUGCGCGAGACAGUUAGCAUUAGCCGGCUAGCAGCGUGCUGACAGCAGCGACAGGAGGCGAACAAAAGAUUUCUCUGCAGUAGUCCGCUUGCACUAACACUCGGUCCAUGUAGCAGGGGCGAUUAUCAACACAAUGCCCGUGUUACUUUUUCUCAUAGACACGUCCGCCUCCAUGAACCAGCGCUCCCAUCUGGGCACUAGCUAUCUGGACAUAGCGAAGGGCGCAGUUGAGACUUUCCUGAAGCUAAGGAGCAGAGAUCCGGCCAGUAGAGGAGACCGAUACAUGUUAGUGAGUUUCGACGAAGCGCCCGCUGGAAUUAAGGCUGGAUGGAAGGACGGUCAUGCCACUUUUAUGAUGGAGCUGAGAAACCUUCAAGCAGUUGGAUUAACCACGAUUGGCCAAUCUUUACGGACCGCUUUUGAUUUGCUCAAUCUCAAUAGAUUAGUUUCGGGGAUAGACAACUAUGGACAGGGUAGAAACCCUUUUUUCUUGGAGCCUGCUAUCAUUGUGGCCAUAACUGAUGGCAGCAAGUUAACCAGCAGUUCUGGAGUACAAGACGAGUUACAUUUACCCUUGACAACACCGUUGCCAGGCAGUGAGCUGACCAAAGAGCCAUUCCGGUGGGACCAGCGACUCUUCUCUUUAGUUCUCCGCAUUCCAGGCCAUGCCUCACCUGACCCAGAACCAAUGGGUGGAGUUCCACUUGACUCCUCCCCUAUUACACCCAUGUGUGAAGUCACAGGAGGCCGGUCAUACAGUGUGUUUUCCCAGCGAAUGCUAAACCAGUGCCUAGAGUCUAUAGUGCAGAAGAUCCAGAGUGGUGUGGUCAUCAAUUUUGAGAAGACUGGACCUGACCCCUCACCUACUGAAGAUGGUCCUGCAGAAAUAAAAUAUGGACCCCAGCCAUGGCAAAGUUGUCAUAAGCUCAUCUAUGUCAGACCCAACCCUAAAACUGGAGUUCCUGUGGGUCAUUGGCCUCUCCCAGAAUCCUUCUGGCCUGACCAGAACUCUCCUACUUUGCCUCCACGUGCAGCACACCCGCAGGUCAAGUUCACAUGUGUUGAUUCAGAGCCCAUGGUGGUGGACAAAGUUCCCUUUGACAAGUAUGAACUGGAGCCUUCACCGCUCACACAGUACAUACUAGAGAGGAAAUCACCGCACACCUGCUGGCAGGUUUUCAUGUGUAACAGUGCUAAGUAUGGGGAACUAGGGCAGCCAUUUGGCUAUCUGAAGGCCAGCACAGCUCUCACCUGUGUCAACUUGUUUGUUAUGCCCUAUAACUACCCUGUUGUACUACCUUUGCUUGAUGAUUUAAUUACUGUGCAUAAGUUCAAGCCUCCAGCAAAAUGGCGGCAGUCUUUUGAAAACUAUCUCAAGACAAUGCCUCCAUACUACAUCACUGCCCUGCGGAAAGCACUUAGAAUGAUGGGAGCUCCAAACCUGCUGGCUGACAACAUGGAGUAUGGCCUCAGCUACAGUGUUGUGUCCUACCUUAAAAAACUCAGUCAGCAGACGAAGGGGGAGGCAGACAGAGUUUGUGCAUCAGUGGGGAAAAAGCCGCCACUGGAGGUCGGAAUUAAACUUAGAUGCAGAAGCGCCGCCCUCUCUCUGGCACAUAGGAAGGAUUUUACACAGCUGUUGCACAGCAUCAUGGGAGAUGGCCCAGCUCUGCCAGUGGAGGCAAAUACAAAGGAGUUUGCUGGGUUUCAGCUAGCUCCUCUGAAUAGAGCAUUAAAGCCACAAGGAUUACGGAACCCAUAUGAUAUUCCAAGAGCUCAUCUGCUGGACCAGCUGAGCCGCAUGAGGCGUAACCUUCUGCACACCAGUGUCUGCAUUCUAAAAGGGCAAGAUCAAGACCAACUUCACAGUGUGCCCAUAGCUCAGAUGGGCAACUAUCAGGACUACCUGAAGCAUUGCCCCUCGCCUCUGAGAGAGGCAGACCCUGAUCAACCCAAACGUGUACACACCUUUGGUAACCCAUUCAAACUGGACAAAAAGGCCAUGAUGGUGGAUGAAGCAGAUGAAUUUGUUACUGGCACACAAGGCAAAGGCAAACGGCCUGGAGAGCCCAGCAGUCCUGCUGGAGGAGGGGCACCCAAACGCAGACGCUGUAUGUCCCCUCUCCUUCGGCCGGGUCGGGGAUACACGCCACCAAAAACACCACCUAGAGCUCCAGAUAACGAUCAAACAGCUGUAGAGAAUCACGUCGCCAAUGACCCCGAGCCAAAUCACAACUCAGACCAGGAGCCGAACCCUGAACCAGAGUCUGAGCCGCUCGAGCAAAGGAACCACUUUCAGCCAGAUGAGGUUGAGAGCCAGCAAGAGGAUGUGCAGGAGAACGGUCAGUCCAGCGAGGGCGAGAUGUCUUUGGGCAGCGAGGGUGAAGAGGACACCCCGCGGCGUUACCCUUCCCCCUGCCAACUGAAGAAGAUCAGAAAUCAAGAGAGCGAAGAGCUGAACUCUGAACUUCGAGUGCUUAUCACCAAGGAGAUCAGGAAACCUGGGAGACGUUAUGAGAAAAUCUUCUACCUCCUCAAGCAAAUCCAGGGCAGUUUGGAAACACGGCUGAUCUUCCUGCAGAAUAUAAUCAAAGAGGCUGCCAGAUUCAAGAAGCGGGUCUUGAUUGAGCAGCUGGAGAACUUCUUAGAAGAGAUUCACUUAAGAGCCAACAGCAUAAAUCAUCUGGAUGGAUUCUGAGCACUCCAUCUGCCCUACUUGAAUUACUCGCGCACAGAUCUGCACUAUUUAUGUAACGUUAUUUGGGACUUGUGUGUCUUCAGUCUUUCGGUAUUGAAGCUGGUUUUAUUGAGGAAUUCAUGCAUUAUGGCUAAAGCUCAGGGCUGGGUGAAAUAGGACAUUUUGCUUUAAAAGACACACUCACACCUCUGUUCGUUGUCGUUUUCUCUUCUAAUUGUGCCAAAGAUGAUUGGAUAAGUACCAUCAGAUUCAUCACGAGCGAAGUUGCCCAUUGCACCCUUUAUUAUGACUUUUAAUACAUAGAAUUGGUCAUUAAUAUAAAUGUGCAUUUCUACCUGCUUGGUAGAGAACAAUGCCGCCCUGCUUACACUGCAUUCAGUCUCAAACCAGACAAAUGAUUGAAACAGUUCUUGAGCGGAAUCUCUCUAAUAAAAGGACUAAAUCGGCAAUAAAAGCAAAUUAUCAGGCAUUUUUAAGUAAAAGGUUUAAUAUGCUUUGAUGGUCUUCAGUUUAUUUGGACUUGCACAUUUAAAGGAAUUGUAUUUGAAAGUCAUUCAUCUCAGGAAUGCUGUUAUUUCGGGAGAUUUAUCGGGUGGCAGCAGAGGGACGUUUUGUUUUCAUACUACGUUUUCUCCGUUUGAACAAUUUGCCACUCACUUAGACAUUGGAUAUUUUUUAAAAUCCAUCCAUCACCGCACAUAUUGCUUCAGACUUGAAAACAGAUUUUCUGAACUGUCCAUUGAGCAAUUGUUUUUCGUCUCGUGUGUUAACAAAAUUAAGAACUUUUCACAUAUCUGAAAUAAGAGGUCCCUGCUGCAAAUUGCAAAUGACUUCUGAGGUGUCUCUAAAAACUGUUCAGAAUUCAGAAAAUGAAUGUGGUUUUUACUUAAGCUACAAUAAUAGUAGGAAGGGUAUUUCAAAUGCAUUGAUAUACAGUAUAAAGUGAGAUAAAUAAAAAGCAACCCUCCCAAAUAUGGGAAUUCUUUUGAACAUCCAGCAUAGUUUAAAGCCACUUGUUCCUUUACAUGGGAGGCAGUUGCUGCUAAUGUAAUUCUACAUUACUGCCAAAUAUUCAAUUCCCCCAUAGUACAUUUGUGUUUAUUUCUGUGUGUCUUCCCCUCCUAACCCUGCACCCUAAUGUAGGGACCAAACCUUCUGUUUUAUUGAGAGAAGUAAAUCAGUGGCUUAUUUAAACUAUUUUUAAUAUUCUGUAUAUAUGUACAUGGAGACAUUGAAAAUAUUAUUUAAGAGAAUGUUUUGGUGGAAAGCCUCUUUUUUUUGUAUGUAUUUGAAUAAAAUCUAUUUUACACUGUGUAUAGUCAUGUAAAUAAAAUAAAUUUUUCUGUCA